UCAGCUUACAUAUGAUUGUUACAAUUUUAGGCUACAAUACAAGUUAGGAAGCGUCAGAUUGAAAGGCUUUAUUACCAGCAUGUACAAUCCUACGAUGCGAGAGACCUAUGGUUCUACUCAACCUCCUGGAGUCUCUCCACCUCCCUACACACUAGACAGUAAUAUGGCUGGUAGUGAGGGACACACUCAGCCUCCACCAUAUGAUGAGUCUCCGUACUCUCAAGAACCACCACCUUCAUAUACUACCAUAUUUGGAAAAAUCAAGCAGGCGAGGACUGAGUCUAAUGGCUGUCUGGAGUUCCUAAAAAAAAUUCUGGUUAUUGUUCUAGGGACAAUUGGUUGCUCAAUAUGCCUUGGAAUUACGCUGGCCCUGCCUAUUACGAUGAUUAUUAUAGGGUCCGUCUACCUACACGACUGCCCGAUAGACAGGUUCAUCCCAGUCUACCUCAUCGUCGGCGGAUGCUUCGGACUCCUGAAGAGCGUCAUGAGUCUGUGUCAUCGUGCGCGGCUACGCCUGCAGGACAGCGACAGUACCGGUAACCUUGGUGACGAUGACAACGUCAGGCAGGGUCCCAUCGACAGCCUCAUCAGCUGCUUCUUGCUCGCGUGGUUCAUUUGCGGCUGCGCGUGGGUGUACAGAAUCUAUCAGCCGCCAUUCGAGCCGGCGUAUCCCGGCGACACUAACUACUGCAAUCAGACGGUGUACCUGUUUGCCUUUGCGACGCUCACCCUCAGCCUUGCCGUCGUCGGCAUCACGUUCUGCUGUGCCGUCUGCAUAGCGGCAUGUGCCGGCUGCAUAGCGGCAUGCAUGGGAGCCACGACAACGGUGCCACCGGACAGCCGAUAAUCGUCGCGGUCGUCAACGGAGCGAGAUAGACG